AUGGGGCCACGGGCACAAGGCCACCCAGCUACCACCACGCCACACAUACGGUUUUCCACGUCGCUGGAGACCCUGACCGGUCUUGAGCCCGAUUCCAUGCUCGCAGCCAUGUUCAGCGGCGACUUUCCAAUUCGGCAGGACCCGGAUGGCUGCUACUUUAUCGACCGUGACGGCACGCACUUUCGGCACAUUCUCAAUUAUCUCCGUUAUGGGCGCGUCCACAUUGCGUUAACGUCCCUGACACGCGACACGCUCAUGCAAUUGCGCGAAGAGGCAGAUUUCUUCCAGCUCCGCGGCCUGCUGCAACUGCUCCCAGAAGGACGCGAUCCGAGCGUUUCAGCGCUCACCCAAGCAGACCUUGCGUUUGGCCGGCACAUUGUCGAGACAGUCACCAAAAAGGUGCAGGUGCCAGAGUACUUUGUAGCGCGCGAAAGUCUGCUUGAAGUGUUCCGGUCGGAAGCGAAUCGCGGGAAUCUCAUCUGGCAACGACGCCUCUACCAUCACAACUUUAUCAAGCAUCCGUGGCAGCCACUCCAAGAGCCCAACUUGCGUAGCAUCAUGCAGCACGAGUUUCUGCGCAUGGGACUCGAGCUGAAGUACACUGAGCGCUUGGUGCUGGGGACGAGUGAAAAGUUUUGCGAUUUCGAAGGGAGCGUUCGUUUUACAUGA